ACCCAGAAUUGUCUUAAUAGUCUUUACUGUAAUGCGGAUAGGUUUCACUAAAUUACCCGCUUCGGGGGCGCGGCACAUCCCCUCUUAAGCCGUAAAUCCAGAACACAGCGGUCAGAUGAGCAACGGAAUGCCUAAACAGCGAGCGAGGGUCGACGGUCGGCUCACCACGUCAAAGUGCAGGCGUAACGUCGAUGCGUUUACCUGGAAUCAUCAAAUCAUCAGCGCAAAACACAUUUUUCUUUUGAUGAAUGUUUGUGUAAUUUAAAAUUCCGCUCAUCCGUAAUAGUUCCACAUUCAAACGUGACCAUGCGUUCAUAAACCAUGUUUAACGACUUGUUUGGCCAUACAAAAGAUCUGAGUAAUAUUUCCGAGUGUGUAUUUGUGACAGAUAAACGUUUCUGUGUUCACAUCGGACAGGAUUCAAAUUAAUCAUCCCACGCAUGGACAUUGCUUAAGGAUGGAGCAGGAAAGGUGAAACAAAUCCUGCGUAACCCUGCAAGUGCAGGACGAGUCGUGAUACUAACACGCCUGGAAAAUCAGGAGGCGUCGUUCCUUCGCUCUCCGAGGGUUGGACGUUGAAAGAAAGAGGAGAGAGAGCGGAGUUGGAGCUCGGCUACGUCACGGCCCCAAGCCCAGGCGUCCCGGCGAGGGAACAGUAGCGCUGUUGUACGGCGGAUCGGCCAGGACCUGGCGCUGCGCAGCGGCCGGAAUCAGGCGCACCAGACCCCGCGGGGGCAACGAGAUGUGCCUUCGGUGCAGAUGGGAAGAAAUGUGAAAUGUGACUGAUGAGGAACCGCUGGACGCAAUCGUGAAUGCCACUGACUUUUUAUUUAUCCUAGUGUGUCUGGGAGAAAAUGUCCCCGUGUAAAAUUCGCCAACAUUUCUGGGAAUUUAUUUGAACUGCUUUUUGGACUCGGCGGCAUCCUACGUCCAGGCAGAUCUGGUGUCGCGGCAAAGCAGAUUGCGGCAUCAUGGGGAACCUCCUGAUGUCGCUGGUCCUCGCCCUGUUGGCUCUCCUCUCUGGCUGCGUGGGGAACCAGGGCAUGGAACCUACAUCAGCCCUGCAGUUCACACACCCCGCCUACCAAGCCUCCAUAUUCGAGAAUUCCGCUGCUAAGACCUACCUGGAAAGUCCAGUCAAAAUGGGCGUCUAUAUCGUAGACCCUGCUUGGGAGGUGCGAUACAAAAUAGUGUCUGGUGAUACGGAAAGCCUCUUCAAAGCAGAGGAGCAUGUGGUGGGCGAUUUCUGUUUCUUGCGCAUCAGGACGAAAGGUGGCAGCACGGCCAUUCUUAACCGGGAGGUUAAAGACCACUAUGUGCUUACGGUCAAGGCAUUUGAACGCACCACCAGCGCUGAGGCUCGCACGAAAGUUCGAGUGCAGGUGCUCGACACCAACGACCUCCGGCCCUUGUUCUCCCCCACCUCCUACAGCAUCUCCCUCCCUGAGAACACACCUAUAAGGACCAGUGUGGCGAGAGUCACUGCCACGGACGCUGAUGUGGGCACCAACGGCGAGUAUUACUAUAGCUUCAGGGAGUGGACGGACAUGUUUGCUGUCCAUCCCACCAGCGGCGUGGUGACACUGACGGGCCGCCUGGACCAGUCAGAGUCCCGGCUUUAUGAGUUGGAGGUGCUGGCAGUAGACCGUGGUAUGAAGCUUUAUGGGAGCAGCGGUUUCAGCAGCACGGCCAGGUUGACUGUACGGGUGGAGCCGGCCAACGAACAUGCCCCUAUUAUAACAGCCGUCCCGCUGACCCCCUCAGACGGUGAUGGGGACCCCACAUAUGCCAUAGUGACAGUGGAGGAUGAUGACCAGGGACCAAACGGGGAAAUUGCGUCACUGUCUGUUGUGGCAGGUGACCCUCUGCAACAAUUUAGGGCCAUGAGGACCAGCCCCGGGAGCAAAGAGUAUAAGAUUAAAGCAGUGAAGGAUGUGGACUGGGACAGCCAGCCCUAUGGAUACAAUCUCACUCUGCAGGCUAAGGAUAAAGGAAGUCCCCCCCAGUUCUCCGCUGCUAAAGUUGUCCGUGUGACAUCUCCCCACUUUAAAGUAGGACCGCCUAAAUUUGAAAAGGAAACCUAUAGGGUCAGCCUCAGUGAAUUUGCCCCAGUUCACACUCCUGUGGUAAUGGUCAAAGCUGCGCCUAGUUAUCCCCAGUUGAAGUAUGCAUUCAAGUACAAAAUGGAGAAAAACCAGUUUGCUAUAAAUCCAAACACGGGCCUGAUUACAACGACUAGGGCUAUUCGGGCAGACUAUGCCCCCAGUUUUGAGCUUGAAGUUGUCACUAGUGAUGGCAAGGCCUCCACUAAGGUCAUCAUUGACGUAAUUGAUGUGAAUAAUAACCCCCCGGAGUUCCUCCAGCCCUCUUACGAAGCCAGUGUUGAUGAGCACACGCCAGUUGGAUCUAGUGUGCUGACUGUUAGUGCUAAGGACCUUGAUAGUGGUGAAAACGGUUAUGUGACCUACAGUGUUGCCAAUGACAACCCUCUACCCUUUUCAAUAGACUACUUCACUGGUGUCAUUAGCACCUCCGAAGAUCUAGACUAUGAGCUGAUGCCAAGAAUUUACAAGUUGAGAGUUAGGGCAUCGGAUUGGGGGUCCCCUUUUCGUCGUGAAGUAGAGGUCCCUGUGACAAUCAUUCUGAACAAUCUGAAUGACAACAACCCUCUCUUUGAAAACAUUGACUGCGAAGUUACAAUGGCAAGAGACCAUGCAGUUGGUGAACAGAUAACUACAGUGUCUGCCAUUGAUGCGGACGAGCUACAGUUAGUACGAUAUGAAAUAAAGUCAGGCAACAGCCUUGGGCUUUUUGACUUGAAUCCAAAUUCUGGUGUGCUCUCCUUAAAGCAGUCCUUAAAUGAAGGAGAGGGCAUGAAAGUAUCUUUUCAUAGAUUACAGAUCAUUGCCACGGAUGGUGAAAAUGUCACUCCACCCAUGAUCAUGAACAUCAGUGUCAUUACAGCUCGGAAACCAGUCCAGCUGAAAUGUGUUGACACUGGGGUUGCUGCCAUGCUGGCGGAGAAGCUGCUCCAGGGAAGCAAGAUCCACAGCGAGGUGGAGCCUGAAGAUAACUUUGUAGACAUACACACCACUAACCGCUUUGCACCACAUUUUUUGGACUCCUUUCCCAGUGUUAUCAAGAUCAGAGAAGAUCUUCCUGUAGGCGCCCGACUUGUCCUGAUGAAUGCCUCUGAUGCAGAUAGUGGGUUCAAUGGAAAACUAGUUUAUGUGAUUUCCGGCGGGAAUGCAGAGAGUCGAUUUAUUAUUGACAUGGAGACUGGCUGGCUACAGGUGUAUGCGCCGCUGGACAGGGAGACAUCAGAUCACUACACAAUUAACGUAACAGUGUACGAUCUGGGAAUCCCUCAGAAGUCCUCUUCCCGUCUUCUGGAUGUCAACAUCCUGGAUGCAAAUGACAACAGCCCAGUGUUCCUGCAAGACAGUUAUUCCAUUGAAAUUAGCGAAAACACAGCGCCUGGUACUGAUAUUAUUCAAGUUGAGGCUACUGAUAAAGAUCUGGGUGCCAACGGGGAGGUCAGGUACUCACUGGUAGCUGACACUGGGCACUUUGCCAUCAAUGAACAGACUGGUGUGGUGAAGGUGAAGAGCCCGCUGGACCGUGAGACCCAUCCUGUGUAUACUUUGAAAAUAGCCGCGCAGGAUCAGGCUAGCGACGAACCCCAGCUGAUAACAACGGUGACUCUGAAGGUGGUCCUGGAGGACAUCAAUGACAACCCGCCGAAAUUCAUCCCUCCAGACUACAGAGUGAAAGUUCGAGAAGACCUCCCAGUCGGCACAGUAGUGCUUUGGCUAGAAGCCUACGACCUUGAUGUUGGCCCGUCCAGUCAGGUCCGUUACAGUCUGACUGACAGUGGGGAUGGAAACUUUGAGGUGGACAAGCUUAGUGGAGCUGUGCGUAUUGUGAAAAACCUGGAUUAUGAGAAGAAGCAGGUCUAUAAUCUCACGGCACGGGCUAAGGACAAAGGCAGGCCUGUAUCCUUAUCCUCCACCUGUCACAUUGAAGUGGACAUUGUGGAUGUGAAUGAGAACCUCUACCGCCCUUUGUUCCCCGCCUUUGUGGACAAGGGAUCCAUCAAGGAGGACGCUCCUAUUGGCACCCCGGUUAUGAAAGUGACAGCUCACGAUGAAGACAAGGGCAGAGAUGGGGAAGUAAGGUACUCCAUUCGUGAUGGAACGGGACUUGGGGUGUUUGCCAUCGACGAAGAAACUGGUGUGAUCCGGACCCAGGAGCUUCUGGACCACGAGACCACACCGCACUACUGGCUGACGGUGUACGCCACUGACCAGGGGGUGGUGCCCCUCUCCUCUUUCGUGGAGGUUUACGUCCAAGUACAGGACGUCAAUGACAAUGCACCGCAGACCUCGGAGCCUAUCUACUUCCCGAGCGUCCCGGAGAACUCCCCCAAGAACGUGUCCGUCAUUCAGGUGCAAGCCUGGGACCCGGACACCAGCUCCCAGAACAAGCUGACCUACAAGAUCACCAGUGGAAACCCUCAGGGCUUCUUUGACAUUGACCCCAAGACAGGGCUGGUCACCACUACAUCGAGAAAGCUGGACCGGGAACAGCAGGAUGAACACAUUCUGGAGAUCACAGUCUCAGACCAUGGGACACCUGCCAUGUCCACGGCGGUCCGGGUGAUCGUGAAGGUCCUGGAUGAGAAUGAUAACCGGCCGCUCUUCCUGGAGAAGAUCUACAAGAUCAAGCUGCCUGAGCGAGAGAGAGCUGCUCGACGGGAGCCCGUAUACAGGGUUGUGGCCUCAGACCGGGAUGAGGGCCCCAACGCCGAGAUCUCAUAUAGCAUCGAGGAAGGGGACGAGCAUGCUAAGUUCUUCAUUGAGCCCAAGACUGGCCUGGUGUCUUCCAAAAAGUCCUCGUCUGCAGGAGAGUACGACAUCCUCACGAUCAAAGCCGUGGACAACGGCCGGCCCCAGAAGUCGUCCACCUGUCGGCUGCACAUCGAAUGGAUCCCGAAGCCAGAGCCGUCCGACCAGCCGCUGGCCUUCGAGGAGUCGUCUUUCUCCUUCACCGUCAUGGAGAGCGAUCCCGUGAAGCACAUGGUGGGAGUCAUUACCACCGAGCCCACAGGCACGCCCGUGUGGUUCGAGAUCACAGGAGGCACACCAGAUAAAGACGCGUUCUCCAUCUUUCAGAUGGCUUGUGACCUGAACUGUACAGCAGAAGGUGGCAACCAGGACAGCCGAUUCGACGUGGGCAAGGGCAGCGGGACCAUCAUCGUGGCUCGGCCGCUGGAUGUGGAGCAGAGGUCCAGUUACAACCUGACCGUGGAGGCAACUGAUGGGACCCGAUCCAUCAGCACCCAGGUCCUGAUCCGCGUCUUCGACACCAACAAUCAUCGGCCCCAGUUCUCCCAGUCCAAGUACGAGAUAAUCGUCCCUGAGGAUACCCCGUCUGGCACUGAGGUUUUGCGGGUCGACGCCACGGACCGGGAUGAGAAGAACAAGCUGACCUACACUCUACUGAGCAGCACCGACCCACUGAGCCUGAAGAAGUUUCGGCUGGAACCAGGGAGCGGCAUCCUGUUCACUGCCGAGAGGUUGGACCAUGAGACCACCAGGCAGCACACACUCACUGUGAUGGUCCGUGACCAGGACAUUCCAGUGAAGAGGAACCUGGUGAGAGUCAUCGUCAAUGUGGAGGAUGCCAACGACAACGCCCCUUACUUCACCAGCCCCUCCUAUUCGGCCCGUGUGUUUGAGACGGCCGCCGUGGGCUCUGCCGUUCUGCAGGUCACUGCCCGAGACAAAGACAAAGGCCACAAUGCCGAGGUCCGCUACAGCAUCGAGUCAGGAAAUGUUGCAAAUUUAUUUGCUAUUGAUCCCAUCCUUGGCACUGUUACCGUCGCGAAGGAACUGGAUCGCCACAGUAAGAACCAGUUUGAACUGGCUGUGAAGGCCUCCGAUAGUGGAGUCCCUCCGCUGAGCACCACAGCAACUGUCCACAUAGCCGUGACCGUCUCUGAUAACGCGGCGCCCAGAUUCGCCAAGAAGGAGACGUCUGCUGAGAUCAGUGAGACGGCACCGGCAGGGAGCUUCGUGAGCUUGGUCGCAGCGAUGAGCCAGUCCUCCGUCUUCUAUCAGAUCAAAGAGGGAAACACGGGUGGGGCCUUUGACAUCAACCCCAACUCGGCGGUCGUGGUCACACAGAAGACACUGGACUACGAGAAACAGCCACUGUACAGGUUGAUUAUCCAGGGAACCAACAUGGCUGGCCUAACCAGUAACACCACUCUGGUCAUACACCUGAAGGAUGAAAAUGACAUGGCCCCAGUCUUCACACAGGCUGAAUUUAAAGGCAUGGUUAGCGAGUCGGCCCCAGUAAACACUGUGGUUUUGACCGUGGACAAUUCUCCACUAGUUAUCCGUGCCACGGAUGCGGACCAAGACGCCAAUGCCAUUUUAGUCUAUCAAAUUGUGGAGCCGUUUGCCCACAACUACUUCGCCAUUGAUUCUAGCACGGGUGCCAUUCGGACAAUUGCCACUCUGGACCAUGAAGAGAGGAGCAUGUUCCACUUCACUGUCCAGGUCCAUGACAUGGGAAUGCCACGCUUGUUUGCCGAGAAGGUGGCCAACGUUACGAUCCAAGUCAUAGAUGUCAAUGACUGUCCCCCACAAUUCAGCCAACCGGUAUAUGAAGCAUCUGUCGCCGUGCCGACAUACAAAGCUGUUCAGGUGAUUACAGUAAACGCCACGGAUGCUGACUCUGGGCCGAACUCCAAGUUGCUGUUCUCUAUUUCGGAUGGCAACAUUGGCGAUAAAUUCAGGAUAGAUCCCAACACAGGUGUCAUUUCCAUGCAGAAUGUGACACAGCUGAGAAGCAGGUAUGAACUGCGGGUUAGGGUAUCCGAUGGACGGUUUGCCAGCACUGCCUCAGUAAAAAUAAAUGUGAGAGAGAAUAAGGAAGGCGGGCUGAAGUUCACUCAAGAAACAUACACUGCCUCUGUUCAGGAGAAUUCCUAUGAGAAGAAAAUUCUGGCUGUCAUCGCUGUCAUGGGGAACCAGCUAAAUGAGCCCCUUUUUUACACCAUCCUAAACCCUGACAAGAGGUUUUCAGUCAGCCGCACCUCCGGGGUGCUUUCCACCACAGGAAUACCAUUUGACCGUGAGGAGCAAAGCUCUUUUGAUUUGGUCGUGGAGGUGACCAAGCAGGAAAAGUCGAACGGUGUGGGCAAUGCCCUCGUGAAGGUGACAAUUGAGGACGUCAAUGACAAUGAGCCCACAUUUGUCAACUUGCCCUACCAUGCAUUGGUGCAGAUAGAGGCAGAGGUAGGUCAGGUUAUCCGGCAGGUGACCGUAGUGGACAGGGAUGUCGGCCAGAAUGCCGAGGUCCACUAUCACCUCCGUGAGCACCAUGAGUAUUUCCAAAUAAGUCCGCUGGGUGAGAUUUCUUUAAAGAAACAAUUGGAAGAGGAGGCUGUAGCCACAGAGUUUGUCAUUUAUGUAGUGGCCAAAGAUGGUGGGGAUCCAGCCCUUUCGUCAGUGGCAGAGGUGUCCAUUAGAGUUGUGGACAAUGCCGUCCCAGUGUUUGAAAAGACAUUUUAUAGUGUUGAGAUUCCAGAAAACGUACAACUGCACACGCCGGUAGUGCACGUUCAGGCCAGCGAUUCCGAGGGACCUCGGGUCAUCUACACCAUUGAGCAAGGAGACCCACUCCGCCAUUUUUCCAUUGACUUCAACACUGGAGUUAUAUAUGUCAGGCAGUUGCUGGAUUUCGAGACACACCCUGCCUAUAAGUUGAGUGUGAGUGCAACGGACUCACUGACUGGGGCACAUGCUGAGGUUUUUGUGGACAUUAUUUUAGAGGAUGUCAAUGAUAAUCCCCCGAUUUUUCAGCUAAAGCAGUACAACGCUAGCCUUUCAGAGGCCUCUGUUGUAGGAACGUCUGUGCUGCAAAUAACAGCUACGGACUUGGACUCUGGAAACAACAAAGCCCUUUUUUAUCAGCUAGUUGAAGAUCUAGACAACAAUUCCAGUUACUUCAGCAUUGAUCGGGAAACUGGCAUCAUCUGGACUGCCCGCGUGCUGGACUACGAGACUUCUCAACAGCACGAGCUGACAGUGCGCGCUGUGGACACAGGAGUGCCCGCACUUUCCAGUGAUGUCACGGUGACCAUCUACGUGACUGAUCUGAAUGACAACCAACCAGUCUUCAGCCAGCAGCUGUACAAUGCCUCGGUCAGUGAGCUUGCCCCCCGCGGCCAUUUUGUUACUCACGUGCAAGCAUCUGAUGCCGACAGCUUGGACGCCAGGAAUCUAGAGUUCUCUAUCCUUUCUGGAAAUGAGGACCAGAACUUUGCCAUUGACCAAAAGACAGGCACAAUUGUAAUUUCAAACCAUCGCAAGCCACAGAUGGAGCAGACGUACCUCCUCAACGUAUCUGUGUCUGAUGGUGUGUUUAGAAGCUCAGCUACAGUUCUGGUCAUGGUCAUCGGGGCCAACUUCCACAACCCCAUCUUCAUGCAGAGAGAAUAUGUCGUGGAACUCAUAGAGAACUCCCCUAAUGGCACACUGGUUGUGGAAGCCAAAGCCAUAGACCAGGACAGUGGCAUCUAUGGACAGGUGUCUUACCACAUUGUGAAUGAUCUUGCCAGGGACAAAUUUUCUGUCAGUGACAAUGGAGAUGUGAGAACGCUUAAGGUGCUUGAUCGUGAGAACUUGCUGGAGAAAAUGAUCCCUGUAACCCUAAUGGCUAAAGACGGUGGGGGAAAGGUAGGGUUUUGCACCGUGAAUGUCAUUGUGACUGACGUCAAUGACAACGCGCCACAGUUCAGGGCCACAGAAUACAAGGCAAAUGUUGCAUCUGAUGUUUUGAGGGGGACUACAGUGCUGAGGGUUGCGGCAUCUGACAUGGACGAAGGCAGCAAUGCUGACAUUGUUUAUGUUAUUGAGACCAAGAUGGAAAAUGUUGAAGAAAACUUUGAGAUCCAUCCCUUCAGCGGUGCCAUUGUCACAAAAGAAAGUCUUAUUGGGCUGGAAAGUGACCUCUACUCCUUCUACGUAAGGGCUAAGGAUAGCGGAAGUCCACCUAAGGAAAGUGUUGUACCAGUGUACAUCCGGAUACUGGCCCCUGAGAUACCAGUGCCAAAGUUUGUUGAAUCUCACUACAGGUAUGCCAUUGCAGAAGACUUGCCUAUUGGAUCAGAGAUUGAUGUUAUCCAGAUCAACAGCAAACAGGCUGUCAUGUACAGCCUGGUCAAAGGAAACACUCCAGAGAGCAACCAAGAUGAGGUCUUUGUGGUUGACCGGGACACAGGCAGUCUAAAACUGGACAAGAAACUUGACCAUGAAAAGACAAAAUGGUACCUGCUGACGAUGCAGGUGCAGAGUUACCACGAAGGCACAGAAGUAGUCUCUGCUGUUGAUAUCAGCAUUCAGGUGAAAGAUGUCAAUGAUAAUGCCCCCUUGUUUGAAUCCAGCCCCUACAAAGCCAUUGUGGUGGAGAACCUGCCCGGGGGUGCAGCAGUUAUCCAGGUGAAGGCCACAGACCAGGACUCUGGGACUAAUGGGCAGGUGGUUUACAGCUUGGACCAAGACCAGGAGUCUGAGGAAAUUGCAGAGCUCUUCGCUGUCAACAGUGAGACGGGCUGCAUCACCACCCUCAAGGAGUUAGACCGGGAGAAACAGACCCGCUACACGGUAGCUGUGUUAGCCUCUGACCGUGGGGAGCAGACACAGCUGGUGGCCCGGACCAAAGUGGAGGUGGCGAUAGCUGACGUGAACGACAACCCCCCUCUCUUCACCGCCAAGGUGUACAAAGGCACAGUGAGCGAAGACGACCCACCGCCCAGUGGCGUCAUUGCUAUCCUCAGCACCACUGAUGCAGAUAGUGAGGACAUCAACAAGCAAGUGAGCUACUUCAUAACAGGUGGAGACCCCUUAGGGCAGUUUGCCAUAGAGCACACCCAGAGGGAGUGGAAGGUGUCAGUUCAGAAACCCCUAGACCGGGAAACCAGAGACCACUACCUCUUGAACAUCACUGCUUCCGAUGGCACUUUCAUGGCCAAAGCUGUUGUGGAGGUGAAGGUUCUUGACGCCAAUGACAACAGCCCCACCUGCGAAAAGGCUUUGUAUGAGGAAAACAUAGCUGAGGAUGCCCCGAUAGGCAAGCUGAUCCUACAGGUGUCGGCCACAGAUGCUGACAUCCGCUCCAACGGGCAGAUCUCCUAUGAGCUGAGCGGUGGUUUGUCUGAGCACUUCAGCAUCGAUGCGGAAACAGGUGAGCUGAGAACGCUCCUGUCUCUGGACCGUGAGGAGAAGGAAGAGUACUGGCUAGAGGUGCGGGCUGUGGAUGGUGGGGGUCGCUACUGCCAGAGUAGCGUGCAUAUCACUGUGGAGGACGUCAAUGACAACGCACCAGAGUUCACCUCGGAGACCCAGGCCAUCACCGUCUUUGAGAACACGGCACUGGGCACUCCAGUAGCCCAGCUGCAGGCCUCGGACCUUGACCUGGGUCUGAACGGCGCAGUGCUCUACAUACUGGAGGAGUCUGCGGGAGGCGUCUUUUCCAUCGACGAGCACUCGGGGCUCCUACGGCUGCAGAGGCCUCUGGACCGGGCAGCACAGGCCGCCUACACGCUGAUAGCACGUGCUGUUGACCAGGGAGUCCAGCGGCGGCUGUCCGCCGUGUGCCAUGUGGCUGUGUCCGUGAUGGACAUCAACAACAAUCCGCCUGUGUUCGAGCGGCGGGAGUACACGGCGGCGGUGCCGGAGGACGUCUCCGUGGGGACACAGGUGCUGCGCGUCUUCGCCGCCAGGCGCGACUCGGAGGCCAGCAGCGAGAUCACUUACGCGAUCGUCUCUGGCAAUGAGCACGGGAUGUUCAGCGUGGACCCCCAAACAGGGGACAUUUUCGUUAUUGAGCCUCUGGACUACGAGAGCUUCCAUGAGUACUACCUGACCGUAGAAGCAUCUGACGGUGGUGCCCCAGCCCUCACUGACCUGGCCACGGUCAGCAUCAACCUCACAGAUGUGAACGACCACAGCCCUGUCUUCAGCCAGGAUGUGUAUUCCACCGUGGUCAGCGAGGACGCGCCGCUGGGCAGGACCAUCGUGGCUGUUGUAGCUGAGGACGCCGAUGGGCCCACACACAACCGCGUCCGCUAUACCAUCAUGUCCGGCAACCAGGGCAGCACGUUCACAAUCGACGUGGUCAAAGGCGUGGUGAAGGUGGCCCGCUCACUGGACAGGGAGAAGGUUUCGGGAUACACCCUGACCGUGCAGGCCACUGACAAUGGGCAGCCACCCAGGUCCAGCAGUACCUCCAUCAACAUCGACGUGUCCGACGUGAAUGAUAACGCCCCUGUGUUCUCCCAGGCCAACUACAGCGCUAUUAUCCAGGAAAACCAGCCCAUGGGCAGCAGCGUGCUCCAGCUUAGCGUCUCCGAUAGGGACGCCUCCCACAAUGGGCCCCCGUUCUCCUUCGCCAUCGUCGACGGCAAUGAGGGCGAUGCCUUCCAGAUGGACGCGCGUGGGGUGUUGCUGGUGGUGGGCCAGCUGAGCCGCCACAUGCGGGAGCACUACCUUCUCCUUGUCCAGGUAUCUGACAGUGGCCGGCCGCCCCAGCAGUCAUCCUGCUACAUCAACGUGCGCGUGAUCCAGGAGAGCGUCUACCCCCCGGCCGUGCUCCCGCUCGAUGUCUUCAUUGCCGCGCCAGGGGAGGAGUACGCUGGAGGCGUCCUGGGGAAGGUCCAUGCCACUGACCAGGAUGUGUACGACACGCUGACCUACGGCCUGGUCUCCGGUGCCAGCUCUGCCCCCCUCUUCUCCAUCUCUGCCUCCGACGGGCGGCUGGUGGCCGGGCGCCCGCUGGACCCUGGACGCUACCACCUUAACAUCAGCGUGACGGAUGGGCGUUUUACUGCAGCAGCUGGCGUGGCUGUGCACGUGCGGCACGUAUCCCAGCAGACGCUGGAGCGCUCGCUCACCGUGCGCAUCGCAGGCGUCACACCCGAGGAGUUUGUCACUGACUACUGGCGCAACUUCCAGCGGGCACUGCGUAACAUCGCGGGAGUGCGGCGUGACGACGUGCAGCUGCUGAGCCUACAGCCCGCGGACCCCCCCAGCGACAGUGACCUGGACGUGCUGCUCAGCCUGGAGCGGCCCGGUGCACCUUCGACGCCACAUGACACCCUCUUCCACAAGCUGAACGGCUCGCUGGCAGCGGUGGAGGAGGUGACUGGCGUACGCGUGGUGCGCAUCUUCAGGAAGCUGUGUGCCGGCCUGGAUUGCCCGCUACGUUUCUGCCAGGAGACCAUCACGCUGGACGGCACUGCCAUGAGCACCUACAGCACGGCGCGGCUCAGCUUCAUCACGCCCCGGCAUCACCGCACCCCCAUCUGCCUCUGCCAAGGCACAGACUGUCUGGUAGCGGUCCGGCCCUGUGAGGGGAACACAUGUCCGGAGGGCACCCAGUGCGUCGCCGACCUCAAGGGUGACGGCUACAGCUGCGUGUGUCCCGAUGGCCAGCAGGGGGAGUGCUCAGGAGGGCCUUCACUGACAUUCAAUGGCAACGGCUACCUGAAGUACCGGCUGUUGGAGAACGAGAACAAAGAGGAGACGAAGCUGACGCUGAGGCUGAGGACGUUUGCCAGCCACGGGACCAUCAUGUACGCCAAGGGGACGGACUACAGCAUCCUGGAGAUUGUUAAUGGCCACCUGCAGUACAAGUUCGACUGCGGCAGCGGGCCCGGUGUGGUGUCAGUGCACAGCGCCCAGGUUAAUGAUGGCGAGUGGCACUCCGUGUCACUGGAGGUCAACGGUAACUACGCCCGGCUGGUGCUUGACCGGCUGCACGCAGCAUCGGGCGCUGCCCCCGGCACACUGCGCACCCUCAACCUGGAUGGCCGACUCUUCCUGGGGGGCCAUGCCAGGCCACAUGGCCGCACUCACCCAGGCCCCGGGGCCCUGCGGGGCUGCCUGGCCGCCGUGCGCCUCAACGGCCAGGAGCUGCCGUUGGCGGCCCAGCCCCUCGCGCUAGUGCGUGGCCCCGGCGUGCUGGAGGAGGCCGUGGAUGUGUCCCCCGGCUGCGCCACCCUGGUGGUCGAAGGCUGCUUCAGCAACCCCUGCGCCAAUGGAGGCCUAUGUUCCUCGCUGCCCGGCGGCGGUUACUUCUGCAAGUGCACAGGCUCCUUCACUGGCCCCCGCUGCGAGCUCAGUGCCAACCCAUGCACCUCGAACCCCUGCUUGUAUGGCGGGACGUGCCUGGCACACGGCCUGGACUUCCUGUGCCAGUGCCGAGGCCAGUACUCCGGCCAGAGGUGCCAGCUAGGCCCAUACUGCAAGGACAACCCAUGCCAGAACAGCGGGAGGUGCAUCGACAGCCUGGACGGCCCUGUCUGCGAGUGCGAGGCCGGCUUCCAAGGGGAGAGGUGCCUGUCGGAUGUGGAUGAGUGUGUGCAGACCCCCUGCGCCAAUGGUGCCCGCUGCCUGAACUCGUAUGGCUCAUACAGCUGUAACUGCUCGGCCGGUUUCGGGGGCCAGCUGUGCGAACUGGCAGCCGAGGUGCGCAACGACCUUGUCUCCACGGCCUGGAACAUCGGCCUGGAGGAGGUGGUCGGCAUCGCCGUCUUCGUGACCGGCGUCUUCCUCCUGGCCCUGCUGUUCGUGGCGGUGCGCAAGCGUGCGUGCCGGCGUGGAAAGCGGGCCCCCGAGGACGACGGCGGUGGGGCCCGGCGCCCCAUGGCAGCCCACCCCUUCCUGCAGAGGCCUUACUACUCAGACGUGCCGCCCCAGGUGCCCGUCAGGCCCAUCUCGUAUACUCCCAGCAUACCCAGCGACUCCCGCAACAACCUUGACCGCAACUCGUUCGAGGGCUCUGCCAUCCCUGAGCACCCGGAGUUCAGCACAUUCAACCCAGACGCAGUGCAUGGGCAUCGCAAGGCUGUGGCCGUGUGCAGCGUGGCCCCCAACCUGCCCCCCCCACCACCCUCCAACUCCGUCUCUGACAGUGACUCAAUCCAGAAGCCGACGUGGGACUACGACUAUGACGCCAAAAUGGUGGACCUGGACGCCUGCCUAACCAAAGAACCGGUGCAGGACAGCGCCUGCCACCCCUACAAUGCCCGCGGCAGCCUGUCGGAGGUGCAGUCACUCAGCUCCUUCCAGUCCGAGUCCUGCGACGAUAACGCCUCCAUAGUGACUGUAAUUCACCUUGUCAGCUCUGUGGUUGACUCGGUGGCUAAAGAAGAAUCUUUCUCAGCACGCGACCUCAAGAACUCCAGAGGAUACCACUGGGACACAUCUGACUGGAUGCCGAGUGUUCAGCUUCCUGGAAUCCAGGAAUUCCCGCAGUAUGAGAUCGUGGAGGCGCCCGUCCCGCUGUACGGAGACGCCGACGGCAUCGACACCGACUACUACCCUGGCGGCUACGACAUCGAAAGCGACUUCCCGCCGCCACCCAAUGACUUCCCCACCCACGACGAGCUGCCCCCCCUGCCAGAGUCGGGGCUGCUUGGCGAUGCCUAUGGGACCUUGCGGCCGCCGCGGGCCACACCCCCACUUGCUUCCAGCCCGGGUUCUUCGCCACGUGGACGGUCACGGGACGCUUACUACAGCCUGGGCGAGUACCUGCCUCGGGGCCAGUACGGUGCGGAGCCCCCCGAGGGCCACGAGGCUGCCUACGCGUUGGCCUACGGGACACGGGACUUCCAGCCGGCCGGCAUGGACAGCCUGUCUGCGUCUCUGUACGCCUCGGCGGCUUCCUGCUCGGACGUGUCAGCGUGCUGCGAGGAGUCUGAGGUCAUGCUGAGCGAGUAUGAGAGCAGCGACGAGGCAGCGCGCUUCCACGCGCUGGAGAGGCAGCAACACACACAGGUCUGACGUGCAGCUCACCCCUCUGAAGUGCCUGAGCCUUUUACCCACACACACACACACACACACGGCACACGCUCGCACACACACAGACAAGGUCAUGUGUUCCCGUGAUAGAGGGCUCCAGCCACACUCCUACCCUUUAGGGGGGUCCGUCACGGGCCUGGAACCCCUUAUACAAAGACACACACAGCAUAUAU